AUGGCGGGCGAUGAUCAACCCAAACCAAAUGAGCCGAUCGACCCUAGCUCGCCCCUAUACCUUCACCCUUCGGAUUAUCCGAGACAAAUGCAGGUUAACGAUACUCUAACCGAUAGCAACUUCAAUGAUUGGGUACAGGAGAUGUCGAAUUUUCUGUUCGCCAAAAAUAAAAUAGGUUUUGUAGAUGGGAGCAUUCGAAAACCGGAGCACACGAGCAAAGAAUACAUGCCGUGGAUGCGCUGUGAUGCGAUGGUGAAGGGCUGGCUGACCACAUCGAUGGAUAAGGAGAUACGAGCAAGUGUUAAAUAUGCAAAUACGGCUUCUGAGAUCUGGGAUGACUUGAAGGAACGCUUUGGCAAAGAAAGUGCACCAAGAGCGUAUGAGUUAAAACGAUCGUUGCACAUUACACGUCAAGAUGGAGGUACGGUUUCAGCUUACUAUACACGAUUGAGAAAAAUUUGGGACGAAAUCAAUGUUGUAUUGCCGACACCGUACUGCACCUGUGAUGGAUGUAAAUGCGAUUUAGGAAAGAAGCAAGUGCAAAAUAAAGAAAAAGAAAGAUUAUAUGAGUUUUUGAUGGGGUUGGAUGAUGAUUUUGGUGUCAUCAGAACUCAAAUACUUGCAAUGAAACCAACCCCAUCCUUAAACAAUGCAUACCACAUGGUCGCGGAAGAUGAGCAGCAGCGGAAUAUGACGGGAAAAAAGGCAACAUUUGAAGCAGCAGCCUUCCAGGUCUCGCAAAAUAAGAAAGAGCAGCAGCCAUCAAAACGACCCACUGAGAAAGCCGAGAAAUCCAGUUCGAUGAGCAGAACCGAGCACUGUACUUUCUGUGGUGAAGACGGACACAACAAAGACGGUUGUUUUAAGCGAAUUGGAUAUCCCGAAUGGUGGCCAGGGAAGACAAAGAGAGAAACAACCAAACCGAAGGCUGCUUAUGCCGAAUCAACAGCAAGCCCAGUAUCCGGCCUAACUGAUGAGCAGUACGGUAUGUUUUUAAAACUCUUCGGUGGAAAAACGCAGCCACAAGAUGAAUCAGCCCCUCAAGCCAACAUGGCAGGUAUGAGUAACAAUGAUUUUAUAUGGGGAAUUAUGGAUUCGGGUGCAACCGAGCACAUGAUCUCCCAAAAGGAGGUGCUUAAAAAUGUUGUAUCUGAACCAAACAAAAUACCCGUCACUGGAUUGAAAACGAGGAGCUUGAUUGGAGCGGGUAAUUGCGUGAAAGGCCUCUAUCGGAUGGGAGUGAUGAAGAAUGAAAUGAAAGCUUUAGCGGUCUCGUCUGGCACAUGGCAUAAGAGGCUAGGUCAUACUCCGAAAAUUAAGUUGUCUUAUGUGAACGAUUUCAAAGAUGUUGAUUUUAAUUCUGAAAAUGAAGUUUGUGAUUCGUGUAUGCGUGCUAAAUUCACAAAAAUUCCAUUUCCAAGUAGUUCAAUAAAAACCAAAGAAUGUUUUGAGCUAGUGCAUUGUGAUAUUUGGGGAGGUUAUCGCACACCGUCUUUGACCCGUGCUAGUUAUUUUCUCACACUAGUAGAUGAUUACAGUAGAUCGGUUUGGGUUUACCUGAUUAAGCACAAGGAUGAGGCAAGUGAGUGUUUAAUUAAUUUUCACCACAUGAUUGAAAGGCAGUAUGGUAAGAAAAUUAAACGUUUUCGAAGCGACAAUGGUGGGGAAUUUGUAUCAAAUCGAAUGAAAUUAUUUUAUGACAAGCAAGGAAUUGUUUUAGAAACCACAUGCCCACACACCCCACAACAAAAUGGGGUGGCAGAACGGAAGCAUCGGCACAUUCUAGAAAUAGCACGUGCCAUUCGAUUUGAGGCAAGCUUACCGGUAAAGUUUUGGGGUGAAUGCAUAUUAACCGCGGUGUAUGUUAUCAACCGAAUACCCUCAAAAUCUUUGAACAAUAAAACACCAUACGAGGUGUUACUUGGCACUACACCUACAUAUGAUCACAUGAGGGUUUUCGGUUGCUUGACGUAUCAUUGGAACUAUGAUACUAAGGGUGACAAGUUUGAGCCAAGGGGUAGACGAGGAGUGUUCGUUGGCUAUCCGUAUGGAACUAAGGGAUAUAAGGUGUAUGACUUGGAAGACAAAAAGGUGGUAAUUACCAGACAUGUCAAAUUUUUUGAAGAUUGCUUUCCAUACUUGAAUGAUAGUGAUCAAAAAAUUAAAGUGACAUCAACAUUAGAAGAAAGAGAUCAAGAUUGGUGGCAAGGGGGAGCUUUCUUUAACGAAGGCCCAAGUGACCAUCCCAACGAUGCUGGCCCAAUUAAUGAUAAUCCUAUGGGCCCACAAUCUGAUGAAGGGCCGGCUCCUUUGGAUGAAAAUCAAGAGACUCACACGCCUUUUCCAUUACAUGAUGCACCACCUGAACCGCAACCCGUAACAACCCGAAGCACCAGAAUACGGACCCAACCGCAACGUCUCAGAGACUAUUCAGUUCAACUCCCACCAUCGGUCAAUCACGUAAACCCACCUCCAGAUCAAGCGGCCUCGACGGUACAUCCCUUAACUUAUUAUCUUUCAUAUGAUAAUUUUAGUUCUAAUCACAAGGCUUUUCUUUCGGCCAUUGACUCUUGUCAUGAGCCCAAGAACUUUAUACAAGCUUCACAGGACCCCUUAUGGCGAGAAGCUAUGGAAAAAGAAGUUAAAGCCUUACAAGAUAAUGGAACUUGGACUCUUGAAGAACUUCCAUCCGGGAAAAAGGCAAUCGAUUCCAAAUGGAUAUAUAAAAUUAAGCAUAGACCUGAUGGAACGAUCGAUCGGUACAAGGCGCGUCUCGUUGCUAAAGGGUACACUCAAAUGGAAGGUGUCGACUAUCAUGAUACGUUUGCACCGGUUGCUAAGUUAGUCACUGUUCGAACUCUUUUGGCCUUAGCGGUGAAGAAAAAUUGGUUUAUUCAUCAAUUGGACGUGAAUAACGCCUUCCUACAUGGCGACCUUGAUGAGGAGGUUUAUAUGAAGAUUCCUCAAGGGUUCAUACAAGAAAAUGACAAACGUGUGUGCCGACUUCGAAAGUCCAUGUAUGGACUUUAG